CCAAGAGUGUCAAUGUAAAAAGACACCCUACUCAUGCUGAAAAUGUACAAAAAUAGAGAGAAUCAAACAGCAAAAUUGGGAAAGAGACCUCAUUUCAUACCAACUCAAAGUUUAUGAACAGUUUAUUACAACCAAGUGUAAGUAACUGAGAGCUUGGAGAGUGUCAAGAUGCUCAUAUUACCCAGAAAUUUAAAGACAUGAUUAAUGAAAAUGGGAAGUUAAUUGUUGAGGAUGGACUUAAAUCUAAUCUAUUUAUCACUCGCUGUGCUAUAAAGGAGCAAAAGAUUUUACUUGAACAGUAUAAAAAGAUAAAAUAAGCCAGAAAGAGUCUUAAAUAUUGAAAUCCAGGCAGGAAGUGAUUUUGGAGAAGACUGAUGUGUAAGAAAUUCCAAAGGAUCAAAAAUCAAAGCGAAUAAAAUUGCUCCAAUAAUCGAAAUAACCCAGGAUAUCUCCCAGGUUCCUAGAUGGAGGAUAGAAGAGAUUAAUAGUCCAGUUAUUAUUGAAAAAGAAGAUUAUCAAGAGUGUGAAGAUACCCUAAACAGCAUUGAUACUACUGAAGAAGAGGAAUCAUCCAAAAUUAUAACAAAAACAGAAAGUUUCGAUAAUUCUUUAAGAAAGGAAGUUACUGAAACUCAACUAAAAUUGUCAACUCCUCCAUCUAUCAGACCGAAUAUUAAAGGAAUUUAUGACUGGAAUUGUCAAGGGAAGUUCUACUUCAAGCAGGACAUUCCAGAGAAGAGUCUUACUUUCUCAAUCAGCCUUCUCAAAUCAAAGAUAAAAUAUUCAGCACCAUUGAAUAGAAAAUAAAGCAGUCAUGAUAGGAAAGCCAAAAUCAUUCUUCUGAAUGAACCUCAGAAGCCAAAAAGUUGAAGAGAUAGAGCUUGAUUUUAGAGAGUCUUUCGAUUCUGAAACAGAAGGCAAGGUGUUCCUACGAGUACAAUAUAUCUAUGACCAAAUAAGUCUAAUAAACGAUGUUCUUGCAAGUCUCAAAAGAAGUGAAGAGUUAAUUUUAACUUUGCUAGAUAAACUUCAAAAUAUCACUAUCAGCCAGGAUCUUAGGAUCUCCACAUUCCAAAAGACAUCUGUUACUCUAAAAGAUACUUUCUAUAAUGGGGGGAGGUUCUUUUCUGGACAACAAGAGGAGAACAAGAACUCUAGCAUUGUUACAGAGCAGACCUCAAGUGAUAAUACAUCUGACUCUAAAGGCUUUUUCAUGGUUGGUCAAAUCUUAGAACAAAGAGAGAGAAGCAGAAGCAAAAUAUAUUCCUUUAAAAUACCUAAAAUCCUUUCAAGUCAAAAGAGAACACAGACAUUCAUGCGGGAUGACUCAUUACCAACCUUUUUAGAGACUCAAGAGAUUGAAGAAUGCUCUAAAAACAUCUAA